GCACUCCCGUUUUAGACCAUCAAAGACAAUUCUUCGAAGUUGAAGCUUCAAACUCAGCAAUCAAAGCUAGUACUCUCGCAUUGUCAGAAACCAUAUGGCACUGAUUCCGAGCUUCUUCGGCAACCAGCGCAGCAGCAUCUUCGAUCCCUUCUCUCUGGAUGUUUGGGAUCCAUUUAAGGACUUUUCUUCACUCUCCACUCGUUUCCCUCAAGAAACCUCUGCUAUUGUCAACACUCGGAUAGACUGGAGGGAAACCCCGGAGGCUCACGUGUUGAAGGCCGACCUUCCUGGGCUGAAGAAAGAAGAAGUGAAGGUGGAGAUCGAAGAUGACAGGAUGCUUCAGAUUAGCGGAGAGAGGAAUAUAGAGAAGGAGGACAACAACGACAGAUGGCAUCGUGUGGAACGGAGUAGUGGGAAAUUCUCCAGGAGGUUUAAGCUGCCGGAGAAUGUGAAGAUGGAUCAAAUCAAGGCUUCUAUGGAGAAUGGAGUUUUGACCCUUACUGUUCCUAAAGUUGAGGUUAAGAAACCUGACGUGAAGGCCAUUCAAAUCUCUGGUUAAAACACUGAAUGUUCUGUUUAGAACAAUGCUAUGGAUAUGGAUUGUCUGUAUAAAAUUAAUGUGAAUGCAAGGGAGUUUUGCUAAGAAUUAAUAAUGUAACUCGGUGUAAUGAUAUGUCAAGAACUCAAUGAUGUACUAUACUACUAUGUAUUAAACAACCAUCGUAAUACAAGAUCUAAUGUUUUCAGUAAU